AUGAAUAUCGAUGUUUUAAGUCCAUCGAGCGAUAGUUCAUCGGAUUCAAGAACUUCAAGUUCUUCAGGUGAGAGUUUAGAUGAAUUUCAUAGGAAUAUUUUACAAGGGGCGAAGUUCUGGGCUACCAGUUUGAAGCUAGACGAAAUACUAACAGCGUCAGUGCUGAAUUAUCUGACAAUGAAGACGACCAAAGUAUGUCGAUUGACGAGGAAGAAUCGUUCGUUCGUUUGGGUAAUCUUGACUGGUAAAACAUCAUAAUUUGUGGUUUAUAUUGACGAAUUGAAUUUUCGUGUUCUUGAAUUAUGUCAUUCCCAGCAUAACUAUUUGUUAUUGUUAGGUGUUUAUGUGAACAUUGUCAGAUAAUGGAUAGAGAGGAAGAAUGCAUGCGUCUGUUGUCAUGAAAUUGAACAGGUCGCUGAUAAAAAUCAAGAAGUUAUGGAAUACGCAAAGCCAACCCUGCCAUAUAAUUGCAUAACAGAUAAUCCAGGUUUCCAUACAGUCUCAGUCUGUUUAGAGUAGAUGGGUUUUACAGGCUGCUUGGUUGGACUAUAAAGAGCAGUAUGGAAGUACAGCAUAUGAAGGUCCUGAGCACAAAAUCUCUCGCCAUGUCGCAUACCGCCAGCUAGUGCGAUGGUGUUGGGGAGUGUUUGAGAAAGAAAUACGAGUUGUUCUUCCAUCUUGUGCUGUUAGCUGCAUUCAAGCCCACUUUCCACCUCCAAGUGAUGAAGAUGACUUUGAGUUUGUUGGAUUUCGCUUUGCUGAUGAAUAA